AUGUUUUUUUGCAAGCUCCAAUUGGUUGGACUCUUGAUUGUGAUUGCAAUAGUGCAAGCAGCAACAAUUCUCGUGACUGAUGUGGUAUACGUUACAGUGCUGAGAUCAGCUAUUUACAAUGAGUCGGAUGUUUACUAUACUGAGUAUCUUUUGGGGAAUCCCUUAUCAACAAUGAUCACGACCAGUGAUGAAAUUGCAACUGCUUCGAGUAGUGAUGGUCAGGAGAUAAAGCCAACACCAACAUCAUUGCCGCAAAUUUCCACACCAGAGAGUUUAAGUUCCACUUCGUCUGUUAAAGCUAGCACCGGAGCUUCAUCAAUCAGGACACCCGAUCCAACUACUACACUCGCAGCCCCAUCAACCACAACAAAAGCAUCUAUCUCAAAGCCAACUACAUCAACAAUAAAAGUUCAGCCUGAGCCAACAACAGUGGCAAGUGUACCUACUCUGUCCGCAAAAUCAACAGGCUCCUCUUCUUUUUCAAAUGCGAUAUUGAGCGCUCAUAAUGUCAAACGUGUUGCUCACGGAGUUGCACCCUUAGCAUGGAGUCAAGAACUUUACAACUAUGCACAACAAGUAGCCGAUGCUUAUGAUUGUUCAGGAAAUUUGAAACACACAAGCUCACCAUACGGAGAGAAUUUAGGCGUUGGUUAUAGCUCACCUCAAUCAGUUGUAAAUGCAUGGUACAACGAAGGUCAAAAUUACAAUUACCAAUCAGCAACAAAGUUCAAUCAUUUCACCCAAGUAAUUUGGAAGUCAACUACACAAUUGGGCUGUGCUUAUAAGGAUUGUAGUGCUCGAGGAUGGGGAAUGUUUGUUAUUUGCAAUUACAAGCAAGUUGGAAACAUGAAGGGACAAGGGCGACAGAAUGUACGUCCAUUGGUCUAG